ACUGUACAGCAGUAUCUUAUCAAUUUCUUGAUAAACUGUUGAGAAGUUUUAAAGUCGAUUUUUGAGUAGAAAUUAGUCGUAAGGCCAACCAUACAUAAUACACAUAGACCUUUAUGAUAAAGUAGGUGUUAUUAUUAUUCGUUACUUCUGCGUAAUAACUAAAAAUAGUUCUUUCUAUAUUGAUAUUUGUUAAUGAUACAAUUAUUAUACUUUUUUUGAAAUCGCAUACAUUCUUGUCGAAUUAUUAAAAUUAAAAGACAAAAAAUGUCUUCCUCUAGUAAUUGUACUGAACACGAAGCAGUUACUAACUUUAGGGAAUAUCUUCGUAUACCUUCGGUUCAUCCGGAUGUCGAUUAUAGUAAAUGUGUUGAAUUUCUUCUACGACAAGCUCAGAGUCUUGGUUUACCGUCCAAUAUAUAUUAUAUAGUACCCGGAAAGCCUAUUAUCAUAAUUACAUGGAUUGGACAGAAACCCGAUCUCCCAUCUAUUUUGCUCAAUUCUCAUAUGGAUGUUGUUCCUGUUUAUCCAGAAAAAUGGACUUAUGAACCGUUUUCUGCCCACAAAGAUGAUGAUGGUAAUAUCUAUGCUAGAGGAGCACAAGAUAUGAAAUGUGUUGGAAUUCAAUAUUUAGAAACUAUUAGAAAAUAUUUAAGAGAUAAAUUAGUUUUUAAUAGAACCAUUCAUGUUUCUUUUGUACCGGAUGAAGAAAUAGGUGGAACUUUUGGUAUGAAAAAGUUUGUGAAAACGCCUGAGUUUUCAGCUUUAAAUAUUGGAUUUGCAUUAGAUGAAGGCUUGGCUAGUCCUGACGACAGUUAUGCUUUGUACUAUGGCGAACGGACACUAUGGCAAACUGUUAUAAAAUGUACUGGUACACCUGGACAUGGGUCUUUGCUUCAUGAAAAUACAGCUGGUGAAAAGUUACGUUUUAUUAUUGACAAAUUCAUGAAUUGGCGAGAAUGUGAAAAAUUAAGGUUGAAGAAUGGUAAUCUUGGACCUGGUGAUAUUACGUCUAUCAAUUUGACAAUAUUAGAAGGAGGUUGUCAAAUAAAUGUUGUGCCACCUGAAUUAACAGUCUGUUUUGAUGUACGAUUGGCCAUCGAAGUGGAUCCCAACGUAAUGGAAAGUAUAAUACAACAAUGGUGUAGAGAAGCUGGGGAAGGAGUUACUUUAGAGUUCAAAGAAAAAAAUGCUCGUAUUCAGCCGACUAAACUUAAUGAUGAAAAUCCUUAUUGGAUUGCAUUUAAAGAUCAAUGUGACAAAAUGAAUAUCAAUCUUAAAACAAGUAUAUUUCCUGGCGCAACAGAUAGUCGAUAUAUUAGAGAGAUUGGAAUUCCAGCAAUAGGGUUUUCACCAAUGAACAACACUCCUAUUCUUUUACACGAUCACAAUGAAUUUUUGAAUGAGAAGAUCUUUCUAAAAGGCUUGGAUAUUUACUAUAAUCUUAUCAAAAGUUUGGCUUCAGUUUGAUGUUAUUUUCAAUGUUAAUAUAAUAAUUAGAUUUUCAA